CACACACACGCACUCACACACACCAAGAGACUGCCAAUGCAUUAGUUAUAUCUACUGUUAAUUCACCAUUUAAGGACAUUCAGAGAAGCCAAGGAGGACAAACAGUGAAGAUGGACACAAAACGUUUUGCAGUUGUGGAAUUUGCUGAGGAUAGUGCCGUUGAAAUAAUCCCAAUGUCAUGGUUGGAGGAAACCAAAGAGGGGAUGUUUUCUUACUGGACAUUUACAAACACGAGGAAACUGGUAAAAAACUGCUCUCUGCCAGACAAAGCGAAGUGGAGGCGAUGUCUAUUAAAAAAAGUUUGGCUAAAAACAGAUUCUUACACUAAAGGUCUUCAGAAAUGCCGUCGUGUGGUGGAGACCUCAAAUGUUGAAACCGAAGACUGCUCCACAGUGAAAAAAAGGGCACAUAAAAAGCCAACAAGAUUUGUUUCGGAAAUUGAUUCUUCCUCAAAUGAUGAUGGCAGAGUUACCAAAGGACCAAAGGGCAAUACAGAUCUGUCAAAACCUCAUCCACCAAAAUAUUCAUCAUUCUCAAAUAUUCAUCCUCUGGACAAGGAAGGAAGUUCACCACUUUCUCAACACUCAGAGGAAUCGCUGCAGGAGUCCCAACUGCCAAGUAUAUCACAGCCUCUUGAAGUGGCUUCACGGUUCCUCAUAGAAGAGCCCCAGUAUUCUGACUCUGCAACAAAUAGCUAUCGGACAAAAGUCUUACAAAAGCUGCAAGAGAUUGUCGACAACCAGCAAGACAUCCUGGCCAUGCAGAGACAGUUACUGGCUGCAGUAGCGGUUACGGUGACAGAGGAAGGUGGGGAAAUCCUGGAAAAUGGGCCAUGCCAAACAGUGGAUGAACUGAAGAUCCUUGACAGGGAAUUGGAAAACAAAGAAAAAAGUGCCAAGAUGAAGAACUACCUUCGGUCCCUUGGGGGACCAAACCCAGGUGCAACCUUGCGCAAAAUAUUGCGCAAGGUUGCAUCAAAUGAAGUCUUGGGUGCCUACAGCCUUAAAGGGAAAAAAGGCAAACUACCCUUCCAACAGACGAAGAUCUGCAAUAUUAUCAUAGGGGCAAUGCAGAAGUCCUACAAAUCUCUUAAGGCCAGUGAGAUUGAAGACCUAAUUUCAAUGGUCCUUAAAUUUGCCCCUCACCGGCAUUUAAAAUGCUGAUGGUGAAGUGAAGAGAUUGGUGAAGACAGAGUUUCAUGUUCACCAUACAUGUUGUCAUGUUCACCAUACCAUACACCACUUUCACCAUACACGUUGUCAUGUUCACCAUUUACACAUUGUCACUGUUUCAUGUUCACCAUACACCAUACACCA